ACAGUGGAGUAAAGGUCAAAGGCCAGAUGUUUAAAGCUAAAUGGUGAAAGUUUAGCAAAGAGGGAGGGCUUAUGGAUAAUGAGUCCUCCUUUUUCUAGUUUUCACAUGGAGGUAAUAAAAAAAGGAAAGAAGUCACGUGACUCUUAUUAAAUACAUUUUGAAGCAGCAGCCUCCAACAACAGAGGGUGAAAGUAAAAAGGAGGAAAGGCAAAUGGGGGAGGAGAGAAGUUGAAAGGAAGGAGAGUUGACCGUUGGUGGGGUUGAAGGUGGAAGCGCACAUGUGAGGGCGCGCGCCCAUGUGUGAGAGCAGCAGAGCGGCUCACAACUUCUUCGCUCUUCGCCGCUGCGCCCCGCCGCCGCCGCCGUCUCCGCCACCGCGUCUCUUCCCCUGCGCGUGAUUCCCCGGGACACAGGCGGCUGGCGCGGUGAGAUGUGAAGCAGCUAGAAGUAUGGCAUGCAAGGAUGGUGGCUGCCCAGAAGAAGGAGAUGGUGACAGCGACGCGCCCCGCUUUCAUCGGGAUCCUCGUCCACUUUUUCUUUUUGGCGACUUGUGUGGAGAAAAUCUGUGGACAGACACGUAAGGAUGAAAAGACCAACCCGGAGAAUUUUACUCGAAUUUUGGACCGACUUCUGGACGGCUAUGACAACAGGCUGCGACCUGGAUUUGGAGGUCCCGUGACUGAAGUCAAGACGGAUAUUUAUGUGACAAGUUUUGGGCCUGUCUCAGAUGUUGAAAUGGAAUACACAAUGGACGUGUUCUUCCGUCAGAUGUGGAUAGAUCGGCGGCUGAUGUACGAGGGUCCGAUGGAGAUCCUGAGGCUGAACAACCUGAUGGUGACUAAGGUGUGGACGCCUGAUACUUUCUUCAGGAAUGGCAAGAGGUCGGUUGCUCACAACAUGACGGCGCCCAACAAGCUGUUCCGCAUCAUGAAGAACGGCACCAUCCUUUACACCAUGAGGCUAACUAUCAUUGCACAGUGUCCCAUGAAGCUUGUGGAUUUCCCCAUGGAUGCACAUGCAUGUCCUCUCAAGUUUGGGAGCUACGCUUAUCCUAAAACAGAGAUGAUCUACACCUGGACCAAAGGACCUGAACACUCGGUGGAGGUUCCUCCAGAGUCCUCCAGCCUGGUUCAGUACGAUCUCACGGGCCAAACGGUCUCCAGUGAAACAAUUAAAUCCAUUACAGGUGAAUACGUGGUAAUGACUGUCUACUUCCACUUGAAACGGAAAAUGGGCUACUUCAUGAUUCAGACCUAUAUACCCUGCAUAAUGACAGUAAUCCUCUCCCAAGUGUCCUUCUGGAUAAAUAAGGAAUCCGUCCCGGCACGCACGGUUUUCGGCAUCACAACCGUCCUGACCAUGACGACACUCAGCAUCAGCGCCCGCCACUCCCUCCCCAAGGUCUCCUACGCCACGGCCAUGGACUGGUUCAUCGCCGUUUGCUUCGCCUUCGUCUUUUCUGCCCUCAUUGAGUUUGCGGCUGUCAACUAUUUCACCAAUGCACAGAUUGAGCGGGCCAAAAAGAAGCCGGCCAAAUGUCCCCCGGGGCCUCAGACCACGCCUGUCAAGGUGAAGGACACAGAAGAAGUGCUGCAGCAAAUUCCUGAUUCCAAUGGUUCCCUGAGAAAGCGGAAUUACGUCGCACAUCAGGAGCCGAGCAGUCAGCAGAAAGCCCAGUCCAUCACCAACAUUUCAGGACUCGGAAGAGGAAGACCUUUGCGGCCUCAGGCCAGCGGGGCCAAUGGCAGCUCCUCCACCCUCUCCCGUACCAGCCCGAAGUCUGGGAGCCUGCUCAGCGUGGCCUCCUCAGCUCAGCUGGUGAGAAGCACACCUCUGGCGGCAGCUUCCACACCGGAUAUAAUGGCAGGGACGCCGUGCAAGCCGGGAACCAGCUCCACAUCUCUGCAGCAUCUGCUGGGGCCCAAACUGGAGCGUAUCCAGAUGAUGGGGAAUAAACUGGAGCCAAAGCAGACGCCAUGCUCUCAGCCAACCACUGCUGGGAUGGGUGGAACCAGCAAAAUUGACAAGUACGCAAGGAUCCUGUUCCCGGUAUCCUUCAGUGCAUUCAACAUGGUGUACUGGGUGGUUUACUUGUCAAAGGAAACAAUGGUGGGCAAAGGUUAGAAUUGGAAAUAACACGUGGUGUGACAAUCAGUUUGGAAUAAAGCCGUCUGCACACAAUAAAACGGAUCGUAAUCGCCACAAAGAGAUAUUUUUCUUCUGGAGUUGUGGAGAACAUGGAACCAAAAAAACACAGGUUAACUCAAUAGGAAGAAGAGCCCCUGCACACAGGAAUAUUUGACUGUCCUUUGUAUAUUUCAUGAUGCCUCAUUUAACUUAUAAGGUCUUUAAUGGAUUCAACUGCCUCAUGAUCCCUUUGGUCUGUAGCCAAGCUGAAGCAUGGGAUUUUGCCAGUUUCCUAUUUUUGUACCCCCGCACCUGGACAAGCCGUUUGGAUUAUCCUGAACUGAUCUGCUCCAGCAAUGUCUAUGUGUUUAUUUGGUUAAGCAAACGUAUAUUUAUUGAGAAAUCUUCACUUCCUUUUUGAAUAUUAAGAGUCGUUAUGAGUGCAAGGAAAGCUGAGGAUGUACAGGCAGAUUCUCUAAGAGCAUAUAGAGGAUUGUGUUGGUUUUGCAGGGAUUUUACGAUGGAUAAUUACUGAAUCCUGGAAAUGCCAAGCUAAGAAGAAUUCAUUUGGAUCUAAAAGGAAGUCUUUACACCAGAGAGUGGUCUGGCUUUAUCGCCCAAGUAUAGAUUCUUCUUCUAAAGGAUUUUCACCAAUGCAAGAUGGAUUGACAAAACAAAUUAAACUUGGGGAUGAAUCAGAAAACAAGUGGUAGACCAAGACUUGCAGCAAUAGAGAUUUAAGCCUUAGUCACACGCACCCAUACGGAUGUUGUAGGAUUUUGGGUUGUCCGACCGGAGCGGCCAUAUCUUAAGGGGAGGGCUGGUGUGUCUUGUCUUGCAAUUCCCUUGAGGCUCAUACAGCCACUUCAAGGGACGUCAUGAAAAUGGAACGUACCGAUGUCAUGCGUGUGGUAAGUGUAUCGUGACGUAUUUGUAAGGAUAAUGUAAGGUACACACACUUAUGACGCAAGGCUAAUGCUGUUGUAUGGCACCGCACACAAAUGCUCCACGCAUGGGGUGCAUGGGUGAUGUUUAAGUGCCCAUAGGUGCCCACACAACAUACACUCUGAUUCUCUAAUUUCCUCAUUUUUAAAGCUACAGUCACUUUGGGUGCGUGACACACAUUCUUGAACACGUUAAAUGACCAUUCUUGAACGUGACUUUAGUCCAUGGAGUUCUGGACAAGCAGGGAAGGGGCUUCGUCCUCUAUUUCUUUUUCUGUUGUUUACCAGCACAUGUACUCAAAGCUUGAAGGGGCUUGGUGUGAAAUGUUGAAGCGGUGCAAAUCACGUGAAUCUCGCUCCUGGCUUUUUCUUUCACAGCUCUAUGAAAGCCAUGGUGUGAUAUAAUUCAAGCCGGACACAAGCCGGAAAUGAUUAAUUUCUCCUUUGUAAUCAAUUUUCAAAUGCUUGGCACGUCAAUGAAUUGGAAGGGAUGCUACCCAUACGUCACUACCAAAUUUGAGUGCCUGAUUGAUCACAAUUCGACCUGGUUGAACUUGCAAUGGCUGCUCGUUUUGUAUGUGGAACCCAAAUACGGUUGUAGAAACUUGCGUAGCUACACACGAACGCAAGAGUUUUGAACACGGAAACACAAAACGUGCAUUUACUGGUGUUUAAGUGGUAGCUUAACUGUGUGUUGCAGGGGGUGGUGUGAAGAUCGCUCAACAGUCAGGCUGCACAUGAGGAGCCCACAGUUUUCACUUGAACAGCACCAACGGGUUCAGGGGAGUUGGACAAAAUAACAAAUCUGCAGGACACGCCUGGGUUUCACCUACUUCACUCUUACUUUCUGUUUUGUGUUGUAUAAGUUUGGCUACAACCUGUUGCUUUCAGUAUACCUAUAGAAAGGGCUCACCGAGUGAUCUUUGGUCUUAAAAUUUACAUAAUGCUAUCCCUGUACAAGUUUGCCCAUUUUUCGCACCGUAGACAGUCCAUAGUCACCCGUAAGGGCAGUUGUGACUAAGGCAGAAAUAGUUUGACUUGCUGCAGUCAAGACCGUCCAAGUGAAUAGGUAUGUAGGCAAAUGCAGGAUCAAAGAGUAAAGCCACAAUAUGCUCACGUGCUGCUCUGGUUCAUUGCACUUCACGGGAAACCACCUCCUGUUGUUGAAGCUGCACGAGAGCCUCAACAGACCAGACUCCCUUCCAAGGACCAGGUUCUCUCAAUGUAAAGUAAAUAGAUCUAGUACAAGUGCAGAUUUUUCAGGGAGAGUCACUUUAUUUAUGAAGCUAAAAUCAACAAAUGGUUAGGUCAAGGGCUUAAACAUACUUCUACAUCCUCUCUCGUCAUUAUUGCUUUCCUUCAUCCACCAGUUCAUGUUAUCGUUGUUUUCUGCCACCAGGGGGCAGCAUUAGAAAUGUGUGGGAAAAUGUGAGUUAUACUGUUGCGAGUGUUGGUCCGUUAAAUCUGAUGAGGAAAAAUGAUGUGGACAAAGAUUUCCUUUGGUGAAAAAUCAAGCUGUUUUUACAGGAACAUUUGAAUAGCUACAGUAAGCAACCCAACUGCGGAGUAUCAUACAGUGCUGACAUCAUCAGAAUUAAAUAUGUUUGAAUUUGUUUGCAUUAAAUUGAAUGCUUUCUUCCUUCACUUGGUUUCUCCAACCGCUCCCAUUAUAAAAUUUCUAGCUUCUUCACUAUGAAAACCUGUUGGAGAGCAUUUUCAGACACCUGCAAAAACUCUGUUUUCAUGGAUUUGCUUGGCAAACCAUUUGGAUAUGUUAGGCUUUUGCACUAGCACACGGUGGAGGUCCUGCAGGAGGAAUGAUGUAAACCCAAGCAGACCUCUUGCAGAGCAACUCAGCCAGUUAAUACAAUAAACACUAUCUAGUGCAUUUGCAAGUCUGAUUUUUCACAGAGGCUUUUCUCUUUAGUUUUGUGUUGCAAUCUCUUUCUAAAAAAAAAUUUAAAAGGAUUGUCAGCCCAGGCUUAAACCCAGAAAAAUGAACAAUUUCUCCACUAAAUCCAGUUGAUAUUUAUAAACUGGCCAUUCUAUACCAAGGCGCAGCCGGAUGGAAACCAAAUGCAAAAUAUAUUUAAACUGACUGAAGUUGGUACAAAAAAACACACACAUUUCAGUUAAAAUUAGCUAGUAUGUUGUCAUGGUAAUCUAUACAAGAAUAUCCAGAUAUAAAUUGUCAACAAAGAAGUGAGCUCUGAGUUUCUAAAGCUUGAUGAAAAGCAUGACUCGUCCCAACCUGCAAAUAAACAACCGGCAGGUAGCAUCACCUCAGUAAACCAAAUGCUGUUGGCUCUUUGGAUGAACAUGUCUGUGUUUUCUAAAAGUGUGUAAUCCUCUUACUCUGUGGGAUUAGACCGACAACAACAUUCAUUGUGACACAAAUAAAACGCAACUUUUAGAACUAAAUUUUACUUUUGCUGCUUUUGAAAAAAUGUAGCAAAAUAUUGGAAAGCUGUUGUGCAAUAAAUAAUCCUUUUUUUAUUUUUUUGAAGCCAAUAUUUUGAGGGGUCUAAAACCCCAUUUUUUUUAAUUUUUUUUUUAGAGAAAACUAAAAAAAAGAUCUUUUGAAUACUUGGUUGGUGACAAUCUUUCUCCCAGAAGAAGUGUUAUUCUGAGAAUACGUGCAAAAUAAGAACUCCUUACACUUCUACAUUUCUGUAAUUUUAGUGAUAUCUAGUGGUGAAACUGUAGAUGGCAUUUGAAUGUAUGGUUAACCCUUUAAAGACCCACUCUAAUUAUUAUCUUUUAUCUAUUUAUAAAGCGUUCCCAGUGGUCUUUUUUUUAU